AUGCGGUCUCUGGGGCAGGCUGUGUGCUCGUGGCCUCUUCACAUGGAGGAUGACAACCAAGAGGCCUGCUCAACCCAGGAUGAGACUUCCUCAGACCUGCGAAGAGAGGUUCCCCCAGAUGGGGGGGAGCAGCCAGCUGCCUCCGCUUUCCGAGGCAGGGGAGCCUUGGCCAGGAUAGUCCGGCUGGUGCUGGUGCUGAGGGACUGGGCCAGCAAGAGCUUGCAUGAGGAGCAGCAAAGGCCAGACCCUUUCCUCGAGCGCUUCCAGGGCCCCGAGCUCCAGACAUUGGCUGCAGGCGGUGAUCUAGAGGACGAGGAGACCGAGGAGGAAAACAAAAAGAAGAAAUGGCAGAUCUGUGUGGUGGACCCCGCAGGGGACUGGUAUUACCGCUGGCUGGCUGUCAUUGCAGUUCCUGUCCUCUAUAACUGGUGCCUGCUUGUAGCCAGGGCUUGCUUUAGUGACCUGCAGAAGAUUUACCUCGUCCUCUGGCUGGUGUUAGACUACAUCUCAGACGCUAUCUACAUUGGGGACAUGGUGAUCCGCCUGCGCACGGGUUUCUUGGAAGAGGGCCUCCUGGUUAAGGACUGGAAGAAGUUACGGGAUAACUACGUCCACACCUUACAGUUCAAGCUGGAUGUUCUCUCCAUCCUGCCCACAGACCUGGCAUACCUUGCUGUGGGAUUGCACCGCCCUGAAUUGCGUUUCAACAGGCUGCUGCGCUUCUCCCGCAUGUUUGAGUUCUUCAACAGGACUGAGACCAGGACCAGCCACCCCAACCUCUUCCGCAUCAGCAACUUGGUUCUUUACAUCCUGGUCAUCAUCCAUUGGAAUGCAUGCAUUUAUUAUGCCAUCUCCAAGGCCAUAGGUUUUGGGGAGGACACCUGGGUUUACCCCAACGUCACAGACCCUGAGUAUGGGUAUCUGACCCGGGAGUACAUCUACUGUUUCUACUGGUCUACACUGACUUUGACUACCAUCGGAGAAACCCCUCCCCCUGUGCGUGAUGAAGAAUACCUCUUUGUGAUCUUUGAUUUCCUCGUCGGUGUCCUCAUCUUUGCCACCAUUGUGGGGAACGUGGGAUCCAUGAUAUCCAACAUGAAUGCCACCAGGACAGAGUUCCAAGCGAAAAUUGAUGCCGUCAAACACUACAUGCAGUUCCGCAAGGUGAGCAAAGACAUGGAAACCAAAGUCAUCAAGUGGUUUGACUACCUGUGGACCAACAAGAAGGCAGUAGAUGAGCAGGAGGUCCUCAAGAAUCUCCCUGAUAAGUUGAGGGCAGAGAUUGCCAUCAACGUUCACUUGGAGACACUGAAGAAGGUGAAGAUUUUCCAGGACUGUGAGGCAGGUCUACUGGUGGAGCUGGUGCUGAAGCUUCGCCUUCAGGUGUUCAGUCCAGGGGAUUACGUUUGCCGGAAAGGAGACAUUGGGAAAGAGAUGUAUAUCAUCAAGGAGGGGAAGCUGGCCGUGGUGGCCGAGGAUGGAACAACACAGUAUGCUUUGCUCACUGCAGGAGGUUGCUUUGGGGAGAUCAGCAUCCUCAACAUUAAAGGGAGCAAAAUGGGCAACAGGCGCACAGCCAGCAUCCGUAGCUUGGGCUACUCUGAUCUCUUCUGCCUGUCAAAGGAAGAUCUUAUGGAAGCAGUCAGAGAGUACCCUGAUGCCAAAAAGGUCUUGGAGGAGCGGGGCCGAGAGAUCCUGAUCAAGGAAGGGCUGCUGGAUGAGUCAGCUGCAGAGGCAAGCACAGAAGAGGUUAGCAUGGAGGAGAGGCUGGACAGGCUGGACUUGAACCUGGACACACUGCACACCCGCUUGGGCCGGCUCCUGACAGAGUACAACGAUACCCAGAUGAAGCUCAAGCAGCGCAUCACUGUUCUGGAGUCCAAGAUGAGGCAACAGGAUCUGGAGGACUUCUUCUCUGAUAGCUCGGACAGUCUGCUUGAGGAUGAGGAGAAAUAUUUACCUGGGGGGGCACAAUGA